AAAAACAUGUUAGGGAGUAUGUGUGUGGGAGGGAUUCCUGCUGCAGGAAACCAAGGUGGCGUGCAGAGCUAAGAGGCUGAACUCUCCAGAGCUCAGAUAAAGAGACGGGAGCGCAUCUCUGUCCUCAGACACCUGAUGAGCAUCCUUCAAACUCCUCAAACCCGGGGACGGACCUUCAUAAGAGAUAACUAUUUGGGGGGAUUUUAUCGAAGUACUAUAAAAAAAGAAGCUUUCUAAAUCUUGGAGAACAUCAACAACAGGGAGCAGUAUUACUUUAUUAUUACUGAACUCUCAGAGAUGGCUCUGUCUUUUCAACGCAGGUGUUUGCUUUUGCUGUGUUUGACAGCUAUCCAGGGUGGUCAUGCUGCCGUUCAGACGUGCAUGGAUAAGCACCAGGUGGUGGGGGUGCUUCGUCAAAUGGAGAAGUUUCUGAAAGGUCAGGAGAUGCGAUUUACGGAGGGCCUCAGGAUCAUGAAGUCAAAGCUGGCAACGCUUCAGAACUCCGUCUCCAAGUUACCUCAAGCUGACCAGUCAGCUGCUCCCACCACCUGCCCCUCCCUGGAAGCCCCCGCUCACGGAACCAAGUUUGGCUCAAAGUAUUUCGUUGGACAUGAGGUCCAUUUCACUUGUUCCCAGGGCUACCAUCUCGUCGGCUCCGCCAUGCGUGUCUGCCGGGACAACGGCACCUGGACUGGCGUCAGUGCUAUCUGUAAAGAUAUAAGUGAGUGUGCAAGUAAUCCCUGCCAAAAUGGAGGUACCUGUGUGGAUGGUGUUAACCAGUACAAAUGCACCUGCCCCCAGAACUGGAGUGGCUCUCACUGUCAGCACCAAACACAGACAGCACCACCUGAGUGGAGUGUUAUGAAUGAUCCAGCAUUCAGCCGGAGACCUCGCUGUGCCCAAGUGAACCAAGCCCAACACUGCAGCUGUGAUGCAGGCUUCCACAUGAGUGGCACCUCUGACAACAGUAUCUGUCAGGAUGUAAAUGAGUGUGAAUUUUACCAGCUGGACCAAGGAAGGAAGCUGUGCGUCCACGAGUGCGUGAAUGUCCCGGGCUCGUACCACUGCUCUUGCCCCAGCGGCUACAAGUUGCUCCCAGACGGGCGGAGCUGUGAGGAUGUGGACGAAUGUUUAAGCCAGCAGCACAACUGUAGCCGAGGGACAACGUGUAUCAACACGGGGGGAGGCUUUCAGUGUGUCAACCCAGAGUGUCCCCGUUCUCAUGGAAACAUCAGCUACGUCAAGACAUCUCCCUUUCAGUGUGAGAGAAACCCCUGCCCCAUGGACAGCCGCUCCUGCCACCUGGCUCCCAAGACCGUGUCCUUCCACUACCUGUCUCUGAGCUCCAACCUGAAGACUCCCGCAACGCUUUUCCGCAUGGCGACCGCCGCCGCCCCUGGGCGCACCGGGCCGGACAGCCUGCGCUUCGGCAUAGUGGGCGGAAACUCCCGGGGCAUCUUCGUCAUGCAGCGUUCAGACAGGCAGACCGGCGAGCUGAUACUGGUCCAGCAGCUGCGCGGGCCGCAGGAGAUCAGCGUCGACGUGGACAUGUCCGAGUACAGCGAGCGCACCUUUCAGGCCAAGCAUGUGGCCAGGGUUAACAUCCUGGUUUCACCUCACAACUUCUGAGGGCGAGCUGGCUGAAGGAGGAAGAUUAGAGACAGAAAGGUGAAGAGGAAGAAUGGGCACUGAGUUUACUGAUACAGUUUCUUCAUCCCCUAUCGGAAACUCAUUUGUCUGAGGCAGGCCAGCAUUUUGUUCAGUGGCCAAAUUACCAAAAGAGUGACAAGCCAAUAUUUAACAGUUAUAUUAUUAAUAAUAUACGGCAAAACACAUCAUAGAUGCUUCUUUAAGUAGUGUCAGUAUGAGCUUUGACUGAUGUUUGACUGAGCGUGAAUGCAUGAUAGCUAAACAAGGCAUGAAUGGGUCGGAAGGGAUGGCUGUUUUUGUCAUUUCUGUUGCUUUAUGUUUGUAUUUUUAUGUCCAUUGUAGAUCAUGUCUGUAGCUCAGGGUCCGGCCCCGGGGCUGAUGCACUGCCCUCGCUUUACUGAUGAUAAAUCCCUAUAAGACAUUAGGGCCCUUGUGGCUCUAAUUUAUUGGAAAUAUUAUUGCUGGUUUUUACAUUGUAACAUAGUGUACGCAACGUUUAUCUUCCAUCAUAUACUGUAUAUUUGUUUUGUUUUUUGUACUAGCUUGCCUUGUUUAAGGCACCAUCUGCUAUACUAAGGGAGUUUUUUUUUAAACAGUAGAUGUACCUGGGCAUAUUUCUUCUAUUACUCAUAUUCUGUAUGUUACCCAGAAAUCAUUAUAUUCUAAAAAUCAAAGACGAUUUGGCAAGCUUGCAAAUGCACUACACAAUUUAUCUGGAAUUUUAAUUGUCUCUAUACAUAACUGAAAUAAAGUCGGUCUAACAUUUCAGUAUUUGUUAGAAUUACCUCACUUGACGCUGAGCAGCGUGCUAUUAAAUGUCCUUGUGGCGGUGCUUGUUUUCAUUCUACAGUACAUCCUUUAUGAGUGCGUUUUAAUGAGCGAAAUUCAAACCAACGCAUAGUUGAUGAAUGAACGCUGGAUGGCUAAAAGGUUUCUCUGGCUGAAUGGAUGAAAGGUUAGAGAGGAGGAAUGUGUGUUUUAUAAUAUAACCCCUGGGGCAGAAGUUCACAGACGAUACAAGUCAAAGCAGCAUUUCCCACAUGUCUCAAAAACAAAAGGAGUUUAACAGUAUUUCUAUUUGACUUCAAUUCAAGGAACAGCAACUGUCACAUUAUGAAAACAUAUCUCAGUGUGUCUACUUGUUAGAGAAAGAAGAGACUAAUGUUCA